UGGUAGUGUCCAGUUGGCUAUUCAAACCACGUGUACAGACAGUAAAAUGGAGGUGAUUUCACCGUCUUUACCACUUGUUCAAGUCACGGCGGAAAAUUUGAGGGAUGCAAGAAAUUAUUUAGGUAUAAGCGAUGUGAAGAUGAUUAAAGAAAGUUUGGACAACAUAGAAGAAUGGUUGAAGAAGCAACCGCAUUUGGUUGAAGCUAGUCAAUAUAUGAGUCGCGCUAUCUUAGAAAGAUUCUUCGUCCUAGCAAGAGGUUCUGUAGAAGGCACUAAAACAAAGAUUGAGAAACUAUUCACAACUAGAGGAUUGAUGCCAGAACUCUCGAUGCAUAAAACUGUGCUUGAAUUUGAAAAACUCUGGGAAGUUGUAAAUUACGUUCCUCUUCCCAAGUUGUCCCCAACGAAUCAAUCGAGGGUUAUGAUAACGCAGUUUUUAACUGAUAAACUUGAUGAAUUCUCUUUACUCUCUUAUUUCAGAUACAAUUUUUUGGUUGGUGAGUUCAGACUGAAUUAUGACUAUUGUGUAUCAGAAACGUUCGUUAUAGAUUUGAAUAAUCUGAAUAUUACUCACCUUGCUAAAUUGAAUCCUAUUGUUAUUAAAAAAGCAGAGCUGCUGUGUACAGAAGGUUUUGGUACUAAAAUUAGUGGUAUACAUAUCGUAAACGCAACACCGUUUGUGGACAAACUACUAUUUAUUUUGAAGUCGGCCCUUAAACCUAAAGUAGCGGGUCGCGUCCAUGUCCACAAGACAUACGAAGACCUUCAGAAACAUAUACCAAAAGAAAUACUCCCCAAAGACUAUAAUGGAAACGAGCAGUCAUGUUCAAAGUUGGCUGAACAAUGGAAAGAAGUACUAAGAACAGAAGAAGCUGCAAGGAUAAUAACAAAUAUGGACAAACUCAUAACAGACGAAUCAAAAAGGGAUGUCUCCAAAUUUAACCAGGAAUAUAUGGGAAUGCCUGGAUCUUUCAGAAGCUUAAAUGUAGAUUAAUUAUAUUUUUGUAUAGAUUGGUAUUUAAUCGGUUUUUUAAGUAUAAUAAGUCUAUCUAAAAAUAAUU